AGUGCACCACAUUAGAAAGUCUUUGAAUGGUGAUAUUACCAGUAAAUAUUGCAAUCAUCAUGUUGGCUGUGAUGCAUCUGCAUUUUCCUCUCUUGUCCGUUUCAUUUUGGUUUCCAACACUCUGUGACCUUUAGUGUGUUGGACUCUAUCAUCAAAGUCAAGUGUGGGCAUUACUGCAAUGAGAUUCCAUCCAAUAGCCUGAGUAACUUAUUAGCAUGCAGAAUUCAUGACACUUUGAAUAUAUUAGUCAACAAAUGCUGCAUUCCAAACAGUCCUUUGUGAUAUUUUUCUGGACACCUAUAUUGCGUUGGCAACAUUAUGGUUAUUUUUAUGAAUAUGUUUUCUGAUUUAUUUUUUUAUUUUUUUAAACAGCUCAGAAUGAUGACAAAGGUCAAACUUGAAAAUUGAAAAUACCCUACCAAACUUUGAGGGAAAAUCAAUCUUGCUGCAUGUCAAACAAUUUUCUUUAAAGAGUUUUGACAGGGGUUGAUGAUUGUGGGCAUGAAGGUUCUCCUGUAGCGGGAUGUGAUGCAGCAAAUCUGAAGAAGCCUCUGACUGAAAACACUCAUAAAGAGGAUGCUCACGGUUGUCUGUAAUUUUCUCAAUUUUAUCUGUGGAACUGCUGGAUUGACAAAAAUGACUCAUUCCUCUUUGCUUCAUCAAGUUACCCCUGAAUAUUGAUACAAAGAAAAGCUGGCAUCUCAUUGUUCCACCCUUGCAUCACUUCUGUAUUGCAACGAGUUUGACAUGUUCUGAAUUUGUUUUUCUUCUCUUUUUGCUUUUAUGUCUGACCACGCUCACAACCAAUCAGUGAACAGGAGCUAAGCUUGCGUCACCCACACAAGCAGAGCCAGCCCAGCUGGCCCUGCUCCAAAGCAGGGGCUGAAAAAACAGUGACCGGCCUCAAAAAGCUGCUGGUGGAAACACUCGCAAAGCGAGCCAAGUAGAGUGGAGCUGGCCCACGAGCGCUUUGAGGAGCCCAAACUGGAAGCUGUGAGCGAGAACAAUGUGGAGCUGGUCCAGGACAUCCUCAAAGAGCUCGGUCCACUCGCACACAGGAGCCAGGCGGCCGAAGAGCUCGCCCGCAUCCUGAAGGAGCCUCACUUCCAGUCCCUCCUGGAGACCCACGAUUCUGUGGCAUCCAAAAACUAUGAGACCCCCCCGCCCAGCCCCUGCUCCUUCAUGGACGCGGCCCUCAACAACCAGCCCGUUCCGCCAGACGCAGUCCGGAUGGUGGGCAUCAGGAAGGUGUCUGGAGAACACUUGGGAGUGACCUUCCGAGUGGAGAACGGUGAACUGGUGAUUGCCAGGAUUCUUCACGGCGGCAUGAUCGACCAGCAAGGCCUGCUGCACGUGGGCGACAUUAUCAAGGAGGUCAAUGGCAAGGAGGUGGGCAACGACCCCAAGGUGCUCCAGGAGAUGCUGAAGGAGGCGAGUGGCAGCGUGGUGCUGAAGAUCCUGCCCAGCUACCAGGAGCCACACACACCCAGACAGGCCUUCGUGAAGUGCCACUUCGAUUACGACCCCACUCACGACAACCUGAUUCCCUGCAAGGAGGCGGGCCUCAGCUUCACCAGCGGAGACAUUCUGCAGAUCUUUAACCAGGAAGACCUGAACUGGUGGCAGGCGUGCCACAUAGAGGGAGGCAGCGCGGGCCUCAUUCCGAGCCAGCUUCUGGAGGAGAAGAGGAAAGCGUUUGUGAAGAGGGACAUGGAGCUCGCCACCACAGGUCCCUUGUGUGCAGGAAUGGGCGGUAAGAAGAAAAAAAAGAUGAUGUAUUUAACCACUAAGAAUGCAGAAUUUGAUCGACAUGAACUGCGGAUAUAUGAAGAGGUUGCCAAAGUCCCUCCCUUCAGGAGGAAGACGCUGGUUCUGAUUGGAGCGCAGGGAGUCGGGCGACGCAGUCUGAAGAACAAGCUGCUGGUGUCGGACCCUCAGCGCUACGGAACCACCAUACCCUUCACCUCCAGGAAGCCGAAGGUGGACGAGCGAGACGGUCAGAUGUACGGUUUCAUGUCGCGAAGCGAGAUGGAGUGUGACAUCAAAAGCGGCCGUUUCCUGGAGCACGGCGAGUACGACGGAAACCUGUACGGCACAAAGAUCAACUCCAUACAUGAGGUGAUAGAAACGGGAAAGAUCUGCAUCCUGGACGUCAACCCACAGGCCCUGAAAGUGCUGCGGACGUCUGAAUUCCUGCCCUACGUUGUGUUCAUCGAAGCCCCGGACUUUGAAGUCCUCAAAGCAAUGAACAGGUCAGCCAUUGAAUCAGGAGUCGUCACAAAGCAGAUGACGGACUCUGAACUAAAGAGGACAGUGGACGAGAGCGAGCGCAUAAAGAGGGCCUACGGACAUUACUUUGAUCUUUGCAUCGUGAAUGACGGUUUGGAGGCGGCCUUCCGCAGCCUCCGGGUGGCGCUGGAGAAGCUCUCCAUGGAGCAUCAGUGGGUGCCGGUCAGCUGGGUGUUCUGAGCAUCGCCCACAAAGAGUCGGAGGACGCAUCGUCACCUGCGCCGAUGGAGCCGCACGGCGGACGUCGGCACAGGCGACCAGCCUCACGUACACACAAUUUUUUGUACAAACUAAGUGUUCCUCUGUUGAGCCUAAUGUCAAGUUGUGAUUAAUUUGUCAAAACUGGUUGUUUGUUGAGGAGGUUUUAGAGACGACGACGACGAGUUGUAGUGAGAUUGUUUAAAUGUCAGAGGGACAGUUUUAGCCUUCACAAAUCUUAAAUACUUUAUGUAGUGUAAAUGUUUACAUUGGUUCUGUAGGAAGGAUUGAAGAAAGAUACCAAAUGUCACAUUUGUGUUGAAAACUUUAUGUUUUUGCCAUUUGAUCACACGGUAUGAUUGUACGUGUUCAGAAAUGUGCUAAAAAAAUGGCAAUAGUUACUGAAGUAAACAUGCAAUACACUGACUGACGCACCGGAAAGGAAACACACAUAUUUCUGCUUUGGGAAGAAUGGAGGACGUUCAUGUUGGGACAUUUUUCAUUCAUCUUCUUUCCUUUUUGAAUGUUGAUUUCUGUGUGUUCGUCCUGACAGUUAGAGGAUCCAGCUGAUGUUUGAGUUUAAUCUGUAGCACCAGUAACAAUCCAACCGUAACACCUUCAGUAGCCUAGACCUGUUGUGUGCGUUGUUUAAUGAAGGGAAAACAUUUGACCUUAGCUUAUACUUCUUGGACUCUUGAUGGAAGAUAAUUUAUUUAUUUUUAUUUUUUUUACUUUUACAUAAAACCGGUUACCAGUGGCUUCAAAUUCAUGUUUACUUUUGCCUUAAUAUGGUUCAAAAGCCAAGGAAACUAUUUUUUCAUCGUGGAACUUUUCGUUUCUGUCAGUGUACAUGUUCGUUAGGAAUAAACACAUAACUCUGUCAGCUUAUUUAUUGUCCAUUUAAUCUUUCUUUCAGCCUGUAAGUACUGUAUUGUAAUAAAGAGUGUAUAGAAUAUCAAAGAAA